ACUAAUUUCUAGCUUUACUUUAAUGUUUUAAAAGUCGCCUCACCUUUCCACUGAAAGUUAUCAUUCGUAACUUUUAAUAAUAAAUAACAGGGUGUACAUUUUUUUUGUUUCUGUCUUGUAUGCUUGUUUUACUUGCUGUUCAGCACUUUGUAACGUUUUGUUUUGAAAAGCUCUCUAUAAAUAAAGUUUAUUAUUAUUAUUUUAAGGUGAAGUUGACUGUCAAACUGCAGGAAAGAGUCAUAUAUAAAGAAGACUUCUACUGUAAUUCUGAAUAGUUAAAAGACCUUAACAACUUGGUAAAACUGAAUUAUGUCGCCCAGUUUCAGCAACUGCAAAACUGCAGUAAAAUUAAAUCUGUGGUCAGAGAUGGUGGGUGGAGCCUAAAGUUACGCCCACCUAUAGCUUAAAAGCCCUCAGUGAGCCCACCAUGGUCACAUUCAGCUUUGACUGAACGACUGACGGAGCGGCAGCUACCAGUUCUUGGAAAACAAUCAUGAAAUUGCUUCAAGAUUCAGAGGAUGCAAAGGCCGAGAAGAAGAGUCUCAAACCUCAGGUAGAGAGACGUCGAAGAGAGAGAAUGAACCGCAGCUUGGAGAGCCUAAAGACUCUUUUGCUACAGCGACAGGAAGCAAAUAAGCGCAGAGUGGAGAAAGCCGAGAUCCUCGAGCACACAGUCCUCUUCCUGCAGAGUACUGCAGAAGGGGACAAGACGAGAGCUGGAGGUGGUGGCGGCUGUGGAGGCCAGAGACACUCCUUCCAGGACGGUUUCUCCACUUGCCUCCAGAGAGCUGCUCAGUUCCUGGGACCUGAAGGGAAAGGCCUGUGGCUCGGAUCAGCGCUGGAUGCGUCUUUUGCUGCUCGCUUCUCCCGUUCAGACUCUGAUUCUGCUCAAAGAAGAACUGAAGCUCGUCCCUCCUCCAGCUCUGUGCUCCUCAGGAAGUCCUCCAGGUCCAUUCUUCGGUUGCUCAUAAACAGGUCCGGGUACAGACGGUGCACGCCGGCCCUCACCGCGGCAACUUGUGUUCAGACCUCUCAUCGCCAGUCCACAGCCCCCCCACAGCCCCACAGAGCGGCCAGUCGAGCGAGUAAACAGAGCCCGACCCAUGGCCAAGCGGUCUGCCAGUCACUGUGGAGGCCCUGGCCCUGAUCACCGCACAGUGAGCGCAGAAACUGAACUCUAA